GCGACGAUCUUUUCCGGGUCAAGAAUUUAGCACAGCCGUGAAUAGGAGCUAACAGAUGCUAAUUGCCAGUCACUCAAACGAACCCAAAGGGCGACCAAAUUUCAACACGCAGUGAGUUGCUUUCAAGGCUGUUCUUCUCCAAACACAUGACACAGCAAUGCCGGGCCUCAGCUGUCGAUUCUACCAGCACCGCUUUCCAGAAGUGGAGGACGUGGUCAUGGUGAACGUGCGGUCCAUCGCCGAGAUGGGCGCCUACGUCAGCCUCCUGGAGUACAACAACAUCGAGGGCAUGAUCCUCCUGAGCGAGCUGUCGCGUCGGCGUAUUCGCUCCAUCAACAAGCUUAUCCGCAUCGGACGCAACGAGUGCGUGGUGGUCAUCCGAGUAGACAAAGAGAAAGGAUACAUUGAUCUAUCAAAAAGAAGAGUUUCGCCAGAGGAGGCCAUCAAGUGUGAAGAUAAAUUCACCAAAUCUAAAACUGUGUACAGCAUCCUGCGACACGUGGCCGAAGUGCUGGAGUACAGUAAAGACGAGCAGCUGGAGAGCUUGUACCAGCGCACCGCCUGGGUCUUUGACGAGAAGUACAAGCGGCCGGGAUACGGCGCUUACGACGUCUUCAAACAGGCCGUGUCUGAUCCUUCAAUCCUGGGAGAGUUGGACCUGACAGAAGAAGAGCGCGCCGUGCUUAUUGACAACAUCAACAGGCGACUCACUCCACAGGCUGUCAAGAUCCGAGCAGACAUUGAAGUGGCGUGUUACGGCUACGAGGGCAUCGACGCCGUGAAGGAAGCACUGAGGGCGGGACUGGGCUGCUCUACAGAGGCCAUGCCCAUUAAGAUCAACCUAAUCGCACCUCCCCGCUACGUGAUGACCACCACCACUCUAGAGCGCACAGAGGGCCUGUCAGUCCUCAACCAGGCCAUGGCGGCCAUCAAGGAGAAAAUCGAGGAAAAGAGGGGCGUCUUUAACAUCCAAAUGGAGCCCAAGGUGGUGACAGACACCGAUGAGACAGAGCUGGCCCGGCAGCUGGAGCGACUAGAGAGGGAAAACGCAGAGGUGGACGGAGAUGACGACGCAGAGGAGAUGGAGGCCAAAACAGAAGACUAGAGAAACAUGGGGAAUGUCUAUCCAGCAAACAUGAACUGCUGUUAGAAGUGCUACUUUGGGACUUUUAACAGCAGUUUUGACCGUUUAUCCCACGUGUUUAAAGAAGGUAAUCAACACAGAGUUGUGUUCAAGGACGCGACAUGCUUCUAUUUUUAAUGACAUCGCAGUGACCCUUCAGACAAGUAUCCGUGAUAUUGUCACUUAACGUGAUAGGACGAAAUUAUGCAGGCUCUGCCAUACGAACAUCACUCAGUGCUUGGCAUCAAUAAAAAAUCUUGGAUCUCAA